AUGAUCACGACCUCGACAGCAGCCCCCUCCCCCUCCCCCGUCCUCUCCGAAACCUUCUCCCUCCUCUCCCUCCUCCUCAUCUCCAUCACAGUCCUCCUCAUCCUCCGCCACUACCUCCCCCUCCGCACAACCCCCGCCUACCUCCUCCUCCCCGUCUUCUUCGCCCUCUUCCUUCCCGCCUCCAUCGGCCUCCUCGUCCCAAUCGACCUCGCCUCCCCCCUCGACUCAUCAUCCUCUUCCCCCAUCCCAAAAGGAAUCUGGCUCCCACCCGCCGCCCUCCGCGUAGGCUGGCGAAUCACCUACUGGCUCACCUUUGCGCUCACGUGGUUCAUCCUCCCCAUCCUGGCCGAGUACUCCGACUCUGGCUUCCGCGAGCCGAAAGCCAAGGUCCUCGACUCCCUCCGCGCAAACGCGCAGUACUAUGCCGUCGUCUUUGGGUCAGGGCUGUUGGGGUUUGUCUAUGUCCUCUGGUCCUACGGGAAGUUCGACGCCAGUCUCAAGGGCACGAUCAUGGCGCUGGCGUACUGCUGGGGUUUGAUUCUUGCCAUCUACCUCAUGGGUCACGGGUUGGUGUCGAUACCGAGGCGGCUGUUUAGGUCGGCUGAUGUGAGUGGGAGGUUGAGGAGGCUGCAGUGCCACGCGCCGAGGAUAUACGAAAAGAUGGAGGAUGCGGAGAUGGAGCUUGAGGAUUUGGAACUGCAGGUUGGGGAGUUGGGACGGCGUAAAGGGGGGAGCGCGGAGUUGUUUAGGGAUUGGAUUGAGGAGUUGGUUGAUAUGGUCAGUCUGGAGGCGCAGAUGACUCCGAGCAAUGCUAGACGGGCGGUUAGGGGGACGGGGAAUGAGAGGGGGCUGCCGAAUGUGAUUACGGAGAAGUGGCUGGCGGAGCUGACGAGGGAUUUGGUCAGGGCGAGGCAUGCGAGGUCGAGGUAUGGGAGUGAGUGGAAUAGGCUGUUGGAGGAGGUGGUGAGGACGCAGGCGAUUCUGGACUCGGCGGGGAGCAAGAGGUUGGAUUUUGGGAAGGGGACGAGAACGGCGGGGUCGACGAGCUUGUGGGAGAGGGCGAGCUUGUUUACUCCUUACACCAGAUACCUGUUUCAUUAUCAUGUUGCGCCGUACUUGAGGAUGGCGCUGGGUGGGGUUUUGGGGUUGGCGUCUGUUUGCAUUGUUUGGUCUGAGUUGGUCAAGGAUUUGUUUCCGAGUCUGUCGGUGAUUCGGUAUACGGUUAUUCAUCACGAUCCUCUGGGAGAGAGCGGAGGACAGGUUGGGUUGGCGGGGCAGGCGAUCGCGGCGUUUUGGCUGCUGUACAUGUGUGCCGCGGCGUUGAUUUCGAUUACGGAGGUCAAGGUCUGGAGGGGGAGGGCGUUGGUCAAGAGGAACACGGCGCCGGAGAGCGCGUUCUGGUAUGCCAGCCAGGUGGCGAGGUUGAGCGUGCCGUUGAGUUACAACUUUAUGACGUUUUUGGGGAGCGCGCUCUACAAGGACACGGUGUUUUAUGGGUUUUUGGGCAAGCUGAUUGAUUUGACGCCGCUGGGGGAGUGGUUCAACUAUCUGUUCCCGGCGUUUAUUCUGUUGCCUGUUUUUGCGACCUUGUUUGGGCUGUACGGCAAAGUGCAGACCAUGUUUGGGUUUGGGGCUGCGUUUGGCAUGGGUGGGGAGGAUGAAGAUGAUGGAGAGGGGGAGGAGGAGAGGUUUUAUGGUACGGGCUCUUGGAGGGAAGGGAGGGAUCUGAUUGAGAGGGAGCUGAAUGGGACUUCGGCGUCGGUGAGGAAUAACAGGAGGGCAGAGCUGGGCUCAUCGACGAAUGGUGGUGGCGGCAGGAGGGGUGGGCCAAUUUUGUCGAUCCCGAGGUCGUCGACUGGUAGCUCGGCGAGGGCGCCGACUACGCCUUUUGCUACCUCUCCUACUUCGGGAGGUGGUGGGAGUAGACAUCAGGCCAAUACUUCUGCUCGCCGGGUAGGGAGGGACAGGGGGCAGGUGACGCUGAGCAAUGACGGAGAUGACGAAAACUUCUUCGAGGCGCUGGGGCAUAGGAUGAAGAACACGAUUGACACGUUUGACACACCCGAUUGGUUCAAGGGGUUUGGGGAGGGGAUCAAGAAACCAAAGUGGAUGGGUGGGGAUGAUAACGGGGGCGGUAGUGGCAAGGGUGGAGGAGAUAUCAGGAGGUGGUUUGGUGGCGGUGGUGAUGGGAGUAGCAGCAGCGGUGGUGGGCAGGGGAGGAUUAGACUGUGA